CGCAAAAUCUGCAGAAACUCACGUGCUGACUUUCAUAUGGUAUGCUGCCAAUAAAACAAGCAUGAGGGCGGUGGCAAGUCGCUUUGAUCUGUCAGAGUGUUCUGUUCACAGAAUCCUGAUAAGGGUGGCUGACUUUCUCCUCACCAUGGGUCCAUCUGUUGUGACGUUUCCUUCCAACAUGGAAAAACUGUCGAGUGAAUUCCAGAAGGUGUCUGCAAUCCCUGGUGUUGUUGGCUGCCUUGACGGCUCCUAUAUCAAAAUACAAUGCCCAGACAACAAGGUCUCUUCUACCUACUGCAACCGGCACCAUUACCUUUCAAUAACCCUUCAAGCGGUUUGUGACCACAAAAGACGAUUUGUUGACACCUGCAUUGGAAGCUCCAGCAAAAUUCACGAUUCUCGAAUCUUCAAGCUAUCAUCACUUUCAAAGAAACUUCCCAAACUGUGCGAGGACAAUGCGUACCACCUGCUUGGAGACGCAGCCUAUCCCCUCAGGCCGUACCUUCUGACUCCAUUCAGAGACUAUGGAGCGUUGUCAAAGGCACACAUGGAUUUCAACAAAAAGUUUUCAGCAACGAGGGUGCUAAUAGAAAACAGUUUUAGCAACCUAAAGAAAAGAUUCCGUCAACUAAUCUACCUUGAGCUCCGCACCGUAGAGUGGCAUCUGUCUCGCGUGUGUGCUUGUUGCAUACUGCAUAACUUAUGCAUUGAGUGCGGAGAUUUGGAGCCAGAUGAACCAGAUGAUGAUGUAUCACCUCAAGAUGUCCAGUGGCAUCCACAGUCAUGCACCGAUGACCUGGAUGAUACUGCCGAAGAAACUUUGUUGCGCAGACUGGGAGAAAUAAAAAGGAGGAAGGUGCUGGAAGCAGUGCUGCAAAAGUAG